AUGCUCAACAAUAUCUCGGUCAUCCCGAGAUUCUCCGGUCAUCCCAACCGGUUAUGGCCGGUCGCCUUGACCUUCCACGUGUCGACCUCCCAUUGGCUGUCCGGCCCGUCAUCAUUCUUCGAUCCUCUAACGGCAUCGCCAUGUGCCCUGUCACCGUUAACAGGGUCAGGACCACAUGUUACGGCAUGGCGAAUGGUAGCUGCGGAGGAAGACGUGGAAUUGAUUUCCAGUAAGAAAAGGAAGCUUUACUCUGAGGUCGGCGGCGAGGUGGAGCCAUCGCCGGAUAAUUCUGCUUCGCCGGCGGUUUCCAGGACUUCCGGUGGCUUCUACGAGCACGAGGAGCGCUCGGGUGACGCCGCGAAGAAGGAAUCGUUGGAUCUCGAGAAUGUUGAUUUGAUGUCGAAGGGUGUCGAGAAGGAGAUUUCCACGUCCACCGGUCGCGUUUUCAGUAGAGCGGCGAUUCCGAGCGAGUUUUACGGUGACUCGGAGCAAGUGUCACUGCAAUCAGUCUCCACGGCCAAAAGCAAGAAUCCUUCGCCUCCAUCAAUCUCUCGCCGGAACAUCGACACGUACUCGCCGCCGCCGGCGGAGCUCGAGAUGUUCUUUGCGGCGGCAGAAAAGCACGACCAGAAACGAUUCCUCGAAAAGUACAACUAUGAUAUAGUGAGGGACGUUCCAUUGGAGGGAAAAUAUCAGUGGGUUCGUUUACACCCAUAA